AUGAGGGACGCUACUCAGAUAACCACGGUCCAGGAGGUUUCCAGUACUGCUUUUUCUGUGACAGCAGGAAUAGUGGAUACUGUGCAGACGACUUUAGACAUGAAGUCGUCAUCUGGCGAAAAAGCCAUGGAGCCCCCCUCGGCGGAGAGCAGUGAGUCCAGUCCAAGCCAUCGGGUGUUCAAACCUAUACUCACAGAGCUCCUAGAAGCAGAUCAGCCACAGCCUAUAUCCAGUACUCCAAGCGACGACAAGACAACGAAACCUGCACCUCCCCAAGAAAUCAAGAUCACCCGGGUCCCACCAGAAAACUGGCGCGAGGUCAAGAAAAAGCGUCUGGUUGACCCGGAGCAGAGCAUUCUCUUGACGUCGUCAAAAGGAGGCAGCAGCCUCGUGUUGCGCCAUGCACAACGAAAGAGACAAAUUUCCAUGUCGGGAUCAGGGCACAGCAUCGAACCCUUAGAGAGCGACCACCAAUAUGCCCCGUAUCGGCUGGCGAUCAACUCCAAAUUUCUCCUUAACUUUCUGGAAGCGUGCACGUCCACCCUUUUCACCGAGGAGCAAAAUGUUCUCGUGCGCCCGUUCAAGUACCUGGUCGAGUUCGAGUCCGACAUCAAAAAUUUCCUGCAGCUCACGGAGACUUUGUGUGAGCAGGCAGAGCAGCAGAUGAAUCGGUUUGCAGAGAGAAAUCCGGGCCCUAGGAUUGAUAUUCAGCACCAGGCUGUGCAGCAAGACUUUCAGCGUGCCAAGGCAGAAGCCGCACAGGCGAAGCGAGAGCGCGAUGAGCUCCGCUGUCUCGUGGAAUUCAUGACCUGCGACAUGAGGGAUAUAUUCGACAUCAAGCGCCAGAUCAUGUCGAGGACACUGGAAGAAAUCGCAUUUGAGCAUCUCUGGCAGCUCUAUAAACCUGGGGACCUCGUCUACCGCAACUUCCACGACGACCCCAGUCGGCGCCAGGCAUACCGAGUGCUGCAUGUCACUGGGGGGCGGGUCUGCUUUGACACGAAGAAGAUGUCUUAUUUCGACCCAGUGAGCGAUCGGGCGUGGGAAACGGAAUCGGACGAUGAUCGGAAAUGCCGUGAUACCAUGAAACGCUCCGGUAUGCAGAUGACCAACUUCAUUAUCGACUGUUUCUAUCUCGAGUCCGAUGGUGUGCGUCUGGCUCCACGACCAAAACGAUUCACUAUCACCCCGUACACUGGAACUAGGCCCAUCACAUCACUCGCUCUGCGGCCGCUUCAAUUUGACCCCCACAGGGAGAUGGUUGAAAAAGAGCUUGUCGCGAGAGGCGCUCGCUUCAUGCAACUGGCACAUAGAAAGCAUAUGAUGUACCAUGGCACUACCAUCGAAGAGGCAAUGCACAGUCAGUACAAGUACCGAAACUAUCGUAUUGAGGCGAUCGAGAUCCACGGCGAGGUCAUCGUCGAUCAAGAGGCCGGGGUGAUGCACUUCCAAGACGAGUACUCGUCCUUCAGCCUGCGAACCGGCGGAGGCAUCAUAAUCGCGCACACUGAGGCAGACAGAAGAGAGGUGUCCGAUUUCUUUCCGCAAAAGACCGAUGGAGACUGGGUGACGGACGUUAUGGACGACUCCAUUUUCGAGGAAUACAGACAGAGCGAAUAUGUCAUGAACACCGACCUCUUGACCACCCGGAUGAUCGCCGGGACUGAUCUCCCCGAUGAUCAACUCCUCCUUCUUCCUCCUCGCGUCUACGGGUACUCGCUGUUGGACCGCCGGUGGGUAGCCUUCAACGUCAGCUUGCUGCAGGAGAUAUCGCCCGAAGACAGCCAGAGGAAGCGGAACAAGAUGGAAGAGCUCGUGCUGCCGAACGAGCACAAGAUGGUGCUACAAGCGUUGAUCACCAACCAGGUCCGAAUCCCGCACCCGAGCUCCAGUCAUCACGCCUAUGUGCAGGAACAGUUCUCCAUGGACGUCGUUCCUGCAAAAGGCAAGGGUUUGAUUAUCUUGCUGCAUGGCGCACCCGGCGUGGGAAAGACUUCGACUGCAGAGUGCAUUGCGAUCGAGCUCAACCGGCCCCUGUUGCCCAUCACAUGCGGCCAUAUUGGCACCACCGCACCCGAGGCGGAAGCGAAACUGGAGGAAUUCUGCAAACUCGCACAUCGCUGGAGAUGUGUGCUCUUGCUGGACGAAGCGGAUGUUUUCCUGGCCAAGCGAGAACGGGGCGAUGUCAAAAGGAACAGUCUGGUGUCGGUAUUCCUGCGGGUCCUCGAAUACUUCUCCGGCGUCAUCAUCCUAACCACCAACCGAGUGGGCGAAUUCGACGAAGCAUUCCGAUCCCGAAUCCAUGUCUGCCUCUACUACCCCAAACUCGAAGAGCGCCAGACAAAGGAAAUCUGGGAGAAGAACAUCCAGCGCAUCAGGGACAGCGGUCUCAAGAUCGACCUGGAAGAAAAGAAGAUCCGAAAAUUUGCAGACAACCACUGGCGGCAGAACCUGGAACGGCCGACGCGUCGCUGGAAUGGUCGGCAGAUCAAGAACGCUUUUCAGACUGCCAUCGCCCUCGCCAAUUGGGACUAUUAUGAUAACGGGAACGUUGAGAAACUGGACCGGCCGCUUCUGAAGGCGAAGCAUUUCCGCCAUGUGGCGCAGAUCACGGCGCAUUUCGACGACUAUAUUAGCGAUAUCUAUGGCACCCAUGACGAGGAUACGUAUGGGUUCUUGGCUGCCAGAGACUCCCUCCGGAUGGACAAUAACAGAGAUAUAUUUGGUUCACGGGGCAUGAUGCCGGAGGGUUCUGGGGGGUUUACUAGGGGAAUUGUUCGCCGCGGGACAGAUUUCCGCGGUCAGCCAGCGAAUUCAUCGAAGCCCCAAGGGUCUAGUUACGAUCGCUACGAAAGUGAGAGUGAUCAUGAAAGCACAGAGGAUGACGAGCCAGAAGAAAGUGACACUGCCGAGGAUGAGGACGAGGACAAAGCUACUCAGAUCAAAAAAUUGGAGCUUGAGCUAGAGUUGGCAAAGCUUAAGGGCAAGCAGGGAUCGUCGAAAGGACACAAGAAGCGAUGA